CUGAUUGUGAUUGAUUCGUGAGACUAAGUGCGACAAAAUGCCACCCAAAAAGGCAGUUGCUGGUGCCCAGGUUAGAACAAAAUCAAGCAAAGGCCUCCCCGAAAACCAGUCAAUAUACCGAAAACCCGAAAUUUUGCAGCCGGCGGAAGUAAAGGGAAAGUGCGUCCUCUGCGCAGUCGCAGCGGAAAGGAUCUGUCAGCGCUGCGGCGAUUUCUACUGCUCCAGGGACUGUCAGCUGCAGGAUUGGCCACGUCAUCGCUACAUUUGCUUCCCUCUGCCCGCUCUGGUGUAUCCCAGGGCCCAUUCGGUGCUCCAGAGCAGCGAAGAAUUAUCUCUGGAGGGUGCAUGUUCGGCUAAUAGUGAUAAAUCCGUAGUUGGGGCAGCUCCUGCCCCCUCUGCCGGCCUCCUUCCGGAUCUGGAGGGCCAUAAGACUUGCAGCAGCAGCAAUAUUGCUCCCCAAAAUAAACCUGCGAUGCUGCCCAAUCCCCCCAUGCAACUCAUCUCGCACAACAGCGGCAACAAGGGGAAAAACAAGAAUGUUUCACCGCCAAAUGCGAUCUUGCCCCCGAGCAAUAGUCGGGUGUACGUCAUGACAUUCAAAUCCGCGAAUCGCUGCUACAUUCGCGAUGCCAGCGAAGUUGCUGACAGGGCGUUUGCCCAAGUGUGCGAAAAGGUUAACAUCAUGGGCAAUGAGCUUCCCCGGAUGGUGAAGCCACGUCCCUUUGGAUUCUGCCUGGCUCGUCACAAUGGGAUCUUCCAGCGGGCCAGGGUGAUGAACGUCUUUGGUAAUCACUCCGCCCGGCUGCAACUUCUGGACCAUGGAGUCGUUAAGUCGAGAACAAUGUCGGAUAUGCGGGAGAUCAGUGAUGAGUUGUUGGCACUGCCCCGCUUCAUUCUGGAGGUGCAGCUCAAGGAUGUGGCCAACUAUGCGGUGAGCGAUGACUUCUUUGCAUUCACCUCGCAAUUCGAGGGCGAGGUGUAUGUGGCGGUUCAUGAAAAAACUCCUGGAUGCAUACAAGUGGAACUACUGCAUCCAGAGACAAAAGUCUCACUGAACGCAAAAAUUCGUGAGUUCUGCGCCAACAAAAAGAUUUACGAAAAUAUGAACGAUUAUAAAAAGAAAGAGAAACCCAAUCAGCAAAAUCCCCCAACAGAUCAGCUAACUACCAAGGAUAAUAAUUCGCAGGCUGUUCCUCAAGCUCCAGAAAUAAAACCCCAGGACUUGUUGAAAAAGCUAGACACUGAAGGAGAGAAUCAGAGCAAUCCUAGAGAUGUCCUGACCCUCACUACCAAAAAUAGUGAGACCCCGAAGCAGCAGAGUCCCCCAACUGGGCAAGAGCCAAUUACUCAAAAUCAGUCAAAGUCUGAAGUCAGCAAUAAUACUCCAGCAAAAGCAGUAGAACCCCAAAAAUCAUUAAAAAAUAAAGAGGGCGAAGUAAACAUUCAAAUCGAUCAAGCAACAGUUGCUGGCGCCCAGGAGAAUUUAAAGAAAGAUCAGCCAAAUGACUUGUUCGGCGAUUUUUUCCGUUCAUAUGUCAAUAAGAAGGGUAUAAGCGAGCAGGAUCUUAAAAAAAUGAGUCCAAAUGAAAUAUUUAGCGAAUUUCUUCGAUCCCACGCGAACUCCAAAGAUAAAAAAGAUAAUACCGCGAUGGACCUACCUAAAGACGUUUCACUAGACCAAGAAAAUAUUAUUGUCAAGAAGCCCGCUGUUGAGGAAUCAAAACAAACUGAACUAAAAGUUAAUCUUUAUGCCAUUUCCAAUACUUCAGUUGGACCCACAACCAAAGAUGCAGAAUCAAGCCGGCUUGAAAGUAGGGAAUCCCCUGAUAAUACACCUGAGGAACCUAGAAAAAAUGAAAAACCAACGCCCGAUGAUCAGGAUAUUAAAACUGCCGUGGUAUCAAAACCUAAAGAUGAAGAGUUGAGAGAGUUUUUAACGCAAUGCCUAGGGCCGAAAGUUUCUCCUCCCACUGAAAAUACGAAAGGUGAUCCAUCGGAAUUACCAAAACUUAAAGGAUUGUUGGAUUCGCUGUCUAUCUCUAAAGCUAGUCCCCAAGCAAAUGGGAUUGUGAAACCCCAUGAAGCUCUGCUAACACCUCCCUUUGAGCUACGCCGUUUCUCAAUUCAGGGUAAGGAAGGCAUUGAUGUCUUUGUUGUGGACAGUUCUAAAAAGCAUCGUGGAAUUUUUGGGGCUUUUGACAGCGCCUACGCCUGUGAAUAUUCCACCCUGCACAGUCGUUUGUCGGAUAUUACCGAUUCGGAGCCCUAUAGGCCACAGCUUAAGGAAUACAUACUCGCCCGCUUUGAGGGCUCCUGGUAUCGCGGUCGAGUGGAGCAGAUCAUCACCACACCGCAAAAGCCGGCGAAAUACCGGGUGAUGUACUUGGACUACACCAACGUGGAGGACAUAACUGAGAUGGAUAUUCGUCGCUAUCCAUUGGACUUCACCACUCCUUGUACCACAAAUCUCUGCGUGAUUGACGAAUUUCCACAUAAACCAAAUGCUGCACAGAUUUCCUUUUUAUCGGACGCCCUGAAGGUCCACAACCUAAUACAUGUUGACAGCGUCACAUAUCUGAACAAUGUUGCCAUAGUUAAAUCGCGUUCUCUGAUUCAGAAGCUGAUGAGCUUGUAAUCAGUGCGAACUCGCACUUAAAGCUUUAAUUUCACAUUAUGACUAAAACGGGGAAACCCGAAGCAUUUCUAACUAUUCUGUAUCUAUUUUGUGUUAUACAAAAAUUUUCCAAAUUCCCCACCAUACUCAAUAAGCACUUUGAUUUAUACGUUUUAAACAUUUAUGUAUAAAUAAAAUUCAAUUAAAUAACAACGUUAAAAGCUGUUAAUACACAA